ACUGCCUCACAAUAUCCAUUCCAUAAUUCACAACCAAAUCCAACCAUACAAACCGAAGCGAAUCAUGUUUUCCCCAUCCAUUCCUCUCUCAACUCCUUUCCUUUGCCCCAAAUCCCCCGCAAUUGAUUUUCCUCCUCCUCCGCCGCCGCCGCCGUGCGUCAGAUUCCGGCCAUCACCUCGCAUCUCCGCCGCUUCCACCACCGCCGAAAGGCCGACGGCGGCGGCGAGUAGGCCCCACGUCUCUCACUACGGCAUUGCCACAUCAGCAGCAUCGCUAUACGAAGUCCUGGGGAUUCAGAUGGACGCGUCUUGUCAAGAGAUCAAGACUGCGUACCGUAGAUUGGCUAGAGUCUUACAUCCGGACGUCUCAUCCAACGGUCAAAAAGACACGUCCGCAGAUGAGUUCAUCAGGAUCCACACAGCCUAUUCCACCCUGUCUGAUCCCCUAAAACGCGCCGAUUACGAUCGGUCUCUCUUUCGGCUGCGAUCGUCGUCGGCUUUGGGGUUUUCCGGCUACAAGCGACGCACGUGGGAGACGGACCAAUGCUGGUAGCUGUGGUAGCUUAAAAAAGUGACUAUUAAAUUGUAUUAAUAUAUGUGGGAUAUAGAAUAGGAUGUGUAUAUAUUUAGCGUUAGUUUGAAUUCGAAGCAUAUAUGUAAACUAUUAUGUAGAGAUGUUAUCAGACGCAGUUUUUUUAAGUCUGAUAAUUUUUUGAGAACAGAUUGUAUUUCAGGUAAUUUUGCUCGAAAUGACAUUCUUGUGAUAA